UAAAUUAUGGAAAUAUCAAAUAUCUAGCACGGGCCGACCCCUAGCUAGUAAUGUAGUAAAAAAUAAACACUAACAGAAACGUGAAAGAAGGAGAUGGGUGGGUUAAUAAAGAAUUGAAUUUAAUUGAAUGCUCUGUCUCUCUCUCUCUCACUUUCGUCAGCUCUUUCCCGGAAUAAUCUCAGCUUCUUCCUUUACUAUAGAUAGCAAGACAAACCAGAGCCGUUCCUUUCUUUACCAUUUUUUUCGUUUGGGUUUCAGUUUCUUUUUGCUCUCUCUCUCUUCUUUAGCUCUGGGUAAAGAAAAAGAUGAACUUUGUUGAAGAAGAUGAUGCGUCAUGGAAGCUAUGUUGAUGUUUCUUGCUGACACCAACAGACAAAAGACAAGAUCUUUUGGUUUGUUUUUUCUUCAAAGCUUAGAAGCUGCAUUUUCUUCGUAAUUAGUUUCAUCCACGUCACAGGUUUUUAUCAAAAUGUCGAAUCUUUCAGCACGUACAGGACGAGACCGUCAACGUUAUGACAACAACUUCCGUCUUGUUUCUGGAUGCAUUCCGUAUAGACUGGUGAAAGAUGAAGAGGACUCAAGUGUUGACCUUGAAAACAAGCUUCAAGUUCUCAUGGUUUCAUCUCCUAACCGACACGAUCUUGUCUUCCCAAAGGGAGGAUGGGAAGAUGAUGAAACUGUUCUUGAAGCUGCUUCUCGUGAAGCCAUGGAAGAAGCAGGAGUUAAAGGAAUACUAAGAGAAGAUCCAUUAGGAGUUUGGGAAUUUAGAAGCAAGAGUAGUUGUGAGGAAGCUGAAUGUUGUGGUGGAUGCAAAGGUUACAUGUUUGCUUUAGAGGUUAAGGAAGAACUUGCGGCAUGGCCAGAGCAAGAAAACCGCGAGAGGAGAUGGCUGAAUGUUAAAGAAGCUUUGGAACUGUGUCGGUAUGAGUGGAUGCAGAGUGCUCUUGAAGAGUUUCUAAGAGUAAUGACAGAAGAUGGAAGUACAAAAGAAGAGUCUCUUUCCCCUUCAGGCAUUUCAAAGCGAGGAGAACGUCAAUUCGAUUCUCGGUACUGCUUUGUAGUUAACUAGUUUCAUUUCUCUUUUAGGCAUAUCAAACUUGUUCAGUUGUUGUGUAGUAUGGAUUGUUGAGAAGCUUCUUCUGUAAACAAAGUUAAAACAUGAGAAGCUAAUGACUUAACUUGUUCCAUUGUUUGUUACCAUGUGACUCAAAUGUGAUGAAUAGAAAAACAUAUAUUUAGAGGCUGUUAUUGACUA